GCUCAACCCAGCAGCCAGACUAAAACCACCAACCAGACUCAACCCAGCAGCCAGACUCCAACCACCAACCAGACUCAAACCACCAACCAGACUCAAACCACCAACCAGACUCCAACCACCAGCCAGACUCCAACCACCAACCAAACUCCAACCAGCAGCCAGAACAACAACCAGCCAGAACAAAAACCGGCCAACCAGCGGAGCUGCUAGACUCCGUCUCUGAAGUCAUGGCGUCCCCAGCAUUGCUGCUGCUGAUGUUGAUGAUGAUGUCAUCACUGACCCUCAAGCCCUCGGCUGCAGGCAAGACUGCAGAGAAAAUCGCACAUAUAGCUGCAAAGCCAUUCAAAAUGCUACUAGACAAUCCGGAAAUCCUGACAUCAUUUCUCGAUUUAAUCGAAGACUAUGGUGGCGCAGUUGCUGGAGCUGCGACCGGCAUAAUAAAAACAGCGGUAGGGAACCCUGACUUUAAGAAACUCAUGCAAAAAAUGCAAAGCAUACAACGCGCUCUAACGGAAGUAAAAUCAUGUAUUCGUGUAGAACAAGCAAAACAUAUGUAUGGCGAAAUAGAACUAUCCAUCAAUAAUGCCUGGGUAGAACAUGAGCGCUUCAGAGACUAUAGUAAAACAUUAAAGAACGUACCAGAAGAUCAAAUGGAGAAACAUUUUAAAGCCAUCUCGAUAGGUGAAACUGACCUGUAUUCCCUAUUUUCAUUAAUUCAAAGGAAAGAGUCAUUUAUUGAGAGAGUUUACAACACCAUUGUUGAAGAGACUCGUUGUCAUGAGGAAAGGAUAGCUACUAUAGAAGGCCAUGUCAAUCAACUCAUGUUCAAACGCCUUUUCAUGAAUAUACACUUGUAUCGAUAUAAUAAUGAUGAUUAUAGCAAAACAAAGAUUGUUUCUAACGUGCAAUACUACUACCAUGGCGUAAUGGAUCUCCAUAAAGCCCUGCUGUUGAAAUGCUUUGAUACAGACACAACGUACAUCAAGCAAGAUUUUGAUUAUAAGUUGUACAAUGCAGAACACACUAAACCUAGAAAGAUGGCUAAGGCCAUCAGGGAGUAUUUGUCAGAAAAGCAUUUCAGGUAUGACUGGAUGGUGAUUGUGUACGAGACAGACAAUAACGUGUUGACACAUAUUACGAAACAUGUCCUCUCCAAAGAGUUCAUUGUGAGAACUGGACCAGCACUGACUGUAGCUGCAGCUCGGCAGCUUAAAGGCUCUCACACUAAGGUUCCAAAUAUUAAAUCGGAAAUUGAAGGCUGUCUAAAGCGGGAUUUACGUUUUAUACUUCGAUGCAAUAGUCUGCAGGAGAAAUUAGGAGCGUGUAAAUUAUUGGUGAAAAUCACCGGGAUUCAUUACUAUAGAUUCACGAGCAACAGUGAUUCUGAGGAAACAAAUAGAAAGGCUGAAAGUGCUCCGGAAGGUACAGAUCCGACUGAGCCUGAGGAGUCUUACGAAUACAGGGGGAGAUGUGACGCCUGGUCCCACUUUAGGGUGAUGAUAAAGAGUGACGAGGAGCUCCUGAACGCUGAUCCCUGCGACUCGUCACCGUGUCAGAAUGGGAGCAAGUGUAAGAAUCUGUUAGCUGUGAUUGUAUGUGAGUGUGUGUACCCGUACUUUGGAAACACAUGUGAGGAGGUGGUAAAGUACCCUGAGAAGGCCUUGGAGAAAACAAUGAACAAUUUGGUUGAGGCUCUGGAUCUCCAGUAAGACCCAUUACCAGACAUGUGGCUAAUGCUGUUCGCUAAAUGAAUAUCCUAGCUUUGGAUUUGCACCUGCUUGUUAGUUGGGGGUUUGAGGGACCUGUCCUGAUUUGAAACUGGCUCCUCGUAGUUUGGUUAAGAUUCAGAUUUACACUCAAUAGUAGUCACAUUUUAGUGAUAAUAGCUGUGGAAACUUGCUGUUGUUGACAUAUAUAAAUGAUUUAUGGCAAUAACGGUCAACUCUAUCAUCACUCUAUCUUUCUGUCUCUUCUCUAUCAUCCAACCAGUUAUUGUGAUGUCAUUAAUACCAGUUGUUGUGGUGUUUUACAUGUUGUGAUACCAUUUCUACAAGUGAUGUGACAUCAUCAAUACCAGUUGUUGUGUCAUUAAAGUGUGUUAUCUCAUUAAUAUCA